ACCCCCACCCGGACCCCGACCCGGACCCGUGAGCCCUGCCUGGACCCGGACUCCCAUCUCCGCAGGCUGAGUCUGCCGCUCGGGAUUCGGAGCCGCCCUGGACAUGCCAUGAGAGCAAGCACGCGUCCCUGAGUUCAGCGGGGUCUGCAGUGCGGCCUCAGAGGCGCUGGAGCAGGGACCUCUCUGCAUCAGGCUCCCCACGGAUGAAGCCAGCAAGCCGCGCUGCCUCUGGCCAGCUGCCCCUCCAGGAAGAGUGCGAAUGAAAGAAGCACCUUAAGAAGUAGAAGCAGAGCUACAUCGCGGCUACUUAGGAGCCUGGACCUUGUCCUGGCCCCAGUGCCAGCGUUUUUCCCAGCCAGGAGCUCACAGGGCACCCAUCCCCGGAAGCCAGCAGCUGGGUGAGUCUGGGUGCGGCACCCCGCCUGCAGCCGGACGGCAGAAGACGGCCCCAUGUGUGGAGACACACGGCCCCGUCCCCCUGGGGACACACAGCCCCAUCCCUCUGGUGACACGCAGCCCCGUCCCUUUGGGGAUACGCCGGCUGCCAGCCCUUCCCCACCCUGACGAGUCCUUCCCGCAGUAGCAGACGGAAGGCCCUGGUCCCGAGAACCGUGUGCGGCCGGCGGGAUGACUGCGGAGCUCCGGGACGUGCUGGUGCUGCUGCCUACACGGGAACGGCUGCGGCUGUCCGUGGGGGUGCAGGCCACGGGGCGCGAGCUCUUCCAGCAGGUGUGUGACAUGACCGGCAUCAGAGAAGCCCACUUCUUUGGCCUCAGCGUGGUCAGAAACAACGAGCACGUCUUCAUGGAUCUGGAGCAGAAGCUCAGCAAAUACUUCUCCAAGGACUGGAAGAGAGAGACUCGCGGACCCCAGGGCGGCGGCAGGCCGGGCGCCCCCUUCGUGACCUUCCUCGGGGUGCAAUACUACGUGGAAAACGGAAGGCUCAUCAGGUAGGAGCUCGCUGCUGUCACACCUUCCCAGAAGGUGAUGAGCUGUCAGGAUGCCGCUGAGGCUGGAGGGGAGGGUGGGGGGCAGCCGACCUUCCCAAUCAGAGGCGU